CAGAUCACGUCGAAAAUUUUCGCCGCAUCUUUCAUCCAAGAAACAUCUGUGAUGAUUUGGGGCUCAUAUCUAGUGAUGGUUUCAUCUGCACCUUCCCUUGUAAUCCGCAAUGUCCUCACAAGCUUCACCAGCUAUUCCAUCCAUUGGGGACACUUUCGGCGCUCUCUUUGUGGGUGCUGUCAUAUCCGCCGUUUUAUAUGGUAUAACAAAUCUACAAGUGAUUGUCUACUACAAGAGAUACCCAAACGACUGGUCGCUCUACCGGCGUUCCGUAGCACUAUUUUGGUUCCUUGACACUUUACAUGUUGCUUUGUGCACCUAUGGCCUAUAUUACUAUCUGAUUGACAUGUAUGAUAACUUGCUCAGCGCCCUAAGUGCACCUAUCAUUUGGAGCAUGAGGCUGCAAAUAGUUGUAAAGGUCUGGAUCGUUGUAUUUGUCCAAGUGGUAUACGCGAUCCGACUCUGGAAACUUGGACGACAUUUUCACAAGAUCAUCCCUUGGUUCGUGUUUCUUGCUGUGGCAGCCUCGCUUGGUUCUGGAAUAUAUGUAUCCUAUGAGACUUAUAUGAUACCAAAUUUGGUGUCCAUCUCCAUGAUCAAUACAUCUAUUUACACCUUUUUCUCCUUGAUCAUCACGGCAGAUUUCAUCAUAGCUGUCAUGAUGUGCUAUUACCUGCGCAAAAGCAGAGCGGAUAUGCAUUUCUCUUCCACGGCUGACCUACUUCUCGGUCUAAUGCAACUUGUUCUCAUAUCUGGGUUGGCUACAAGAUCUCACAAAGAUAUGCAGUACGUCGCGUGGCCGAAGACUCUGAUUUUCGUCGCAAUCGAUUUCAUACUGCCGAAACUCUAUAUAAACUCGCUUCUUGCCAUGUGCAUUCUCUUCUUCUUUUUAUUACCUGAAGUUUACCUUCAUUAGGUUUAAUUAUCGACCUCAUUCAUCGGACAAGUCAAUUGCAGGGCGUAUAGAACGUUCAAUUCCUGCGGUUGUCCAGUUUUCACCGAACAGCUCCGGAUCUCAUGCCAAAGAAAUGGAUAUCAGCAUUCCACUCUCUGAGAUUCAGGGCAUCUGUUCUUCGGACAAGCCAAGAAUUUCAAACGGAACUGUUGAUUAUCAGGUCUGAGUGAUUUGGAUCGACUCUGUUCCGAGCUCUGGAUCAUGUUCUGACUUGACAGGUCACAGGCCCAUAACGGGCAUCUCUAGUUUGUAAAUGUGAUCCUUUCAUGUCGGGGGAAGCUACUCAAGGAUGACAUCCAAUCACUACUAUAUAGGUCCUAUCGUGUGAAGUGUACAUUGUUGAAUUGGACAAACGAAUUCAAAAACUUCCCAAGG